AUGCCACCGCCCCUUCUGAGACCUGUAGCAGCCGCUGCGAGAAAUCGCCUCCUCUGCCGCCAUCUUUCACAGGUUAAAUUCUCUCCUUCGUCUGAUCGGGCGGCCUUCCCCUUCCUGUUCAGAUGUGCCCCUGCCACAGCGGCGCCCUCGCGGCCCCGAUUGUUUCCAUGUGCCGGCACUCCGCGUGAAUACUCCUCUUCUUCCGCCGGCGUCUCUGCGGCUGCCGCAAGGGACAAGAGGUCGCAGAAGACUCUCGUAUAUCUCGUCGGCGUGGCCUGCGCCAUGGUGGGCGCAUCGUAUGCCGCCGUCCCACUAUACCGACGCUUCUGCCAGGCCACCGGAUAUGGUGGCACCGUCCAACGCCGCGAGGUAAGCCGGCGAAGUUCCGUCUAUGUUCCAUGUUCUCUUAAUUUCUUAUUCAAUCUGCGACAUGAUUGAACCCAUGGUUUUUGACAAGGAAUGACAGACCGUGGAGGAAAAGAUUGCGCGGCACUCCCAGGAUGGUGCGACGUCUUCAAGGUACUGUUUAGGGUCAACCGUUUCUUCGGUGAAUGAAUGGCUAACGAUAAUUGACUACGAUCGUUUCUUCUUUGCGUUUUCGUGAAUUUAGAAUCAUAAAUGCCCUGAAUAUCUUUAAACGCUCAAGAUCGAGUUUCUGUUUAUCAGUUACCCUGAAUUUUCAUGGUAUUCGCGCUUACUGUUCCUCCCUAUAUAGCUUUCGCCGGUGACAGAAGGUGAAAGAUUCCUGUACUAUUAUCAGACAUGAUCCCGGAGCCUUUACACAAUAGAUUGCAUGUCAAAGUGAAAAGCAUAGCCGCGUUGGACUCUUAUAUCGCGUGAGAGGCUACAGUUGACUGUGGAGUCUCCAUCGAAAGUGAAACCGCCCACCGAGUGAGAAGCUGUGAUUACUGAGGGAGUAUUGUUUUUAGGUGAAUAAAGGCAUGUUCCAUUAGUGUUUGUGGUCACGUGUAGUGAUUUAGUCGAAGAACUGAGCAGAUCAUGUGAGAUCUUCUUGAAGAUCGAGUGGAGAAAUGGCUGUGCCAUAAAGUUCAUGAGGAAUUCCACUGGUAAAUGGGGCUGUUUACCGAACCUCUGCUAUUUUUUGAGAUGAAACAGUUGAUCCUUUUAGGGCGACUUCUGGGAAAAUCACGCAAAUGCUAGAUAUUAUUCCCCCUUCUCAUCAGUAGUUUCCUGAGAGAAAGAUCAACACAUAUCUGAGCAUCGAACAUCAGAUUGAUGAGAAGUCCUUUUUGGGCACAUCUGUUGACCAUUGAGAAGCCUGUUGAAUCACAGUUCAGAUGGGUCUGAGUCAUGGUGUGAGAAAACUAACAUCAAGGAGACACUUGGAUGCCUUUGCUCUUAUUCCUUAUUGUGAAUUACGUUGAGGUUCUCCUCAGCAACUAACAGCUGCAAAGAACCAUCUGCUUUGGAGUGAAUUAAACAUUGUUUUACUGUUGCACUGAUUUUAUCUUUCUUGAUGUAUCUUCGUAUUAAUCAAGGGACUUCUGGUGUUCGAUCUUCGUUUGAUUCAAUUCUGUUGAAAUAUGGGUUCAUUUCCUGUUGUACUUUCAGGGAGCUUAUCGUUCAAUUCAAUGCCGACGUUGCAGAUGGGAUGCCAUGGAAAUUCAUCCCGACGCAAAGGGAGGUAUGUUCUUUGGGGGACGUUGCAACUCUGUCUAGUCCUUGUUCAUCAUUUUUUUGUGAUCAUGUGGUUGAUCCUUCUCUCCUCGUAGGUGAGAGUAAAGCCUGGAGAAAGCGCUCUUGCAUUUUAUACUGCUGAAAACCGGAGCUCAACCCCAAUAACUGGCGUCUCCACGUACAACGUCACACCCAUGAAGGUUCGAUACCCCUUUGGCUUCGAUUCAUCAUUAUUCAAAGUACAAGCGAAUCAUCAACUUAGCUCCAGCAGACAUUUCAAUAUUUUUCUUCCGCCAUUGGUGGUUGUCGCAUACUAUGCAUUUUGACAUUAAUUGCUCCAGGAGUAUACGAAUCUUAGGUCUUCUGGGUCAACAUUUGUUGACUUUCUUGUCCCCCACUCCUGUUUCUAUUCUACGGGAAUGGUCAUAUGGGCCCAAACUUGUCUACAUAGGGGCCCAAGUCAUAUGAUCAUACGGGAAUUGUUUCUUCACAACUUUUUCUUUGGAGAAAGGUAUUUAGAUCAAUCAAACUUUGGUGCUGAAAAAUCCGGUGAUCUAUAUACGUCAUUCAAAGCUUUACGCUUAGAUUUUUUUUUCCUGAUAUUUUUUAAAAUUAAAUGACAUGGUACAACUAUCUUUCCUGCUACGAGUCCGAAAGAACUGGGAUGAGGUUGGGGGGAGAAAAACGCUUUCAGAAUCUAGUCAUUUGGUGACCCACCAUGGAUUCCUUCUUUGUCCGCAAUCUCCUUUGACUUCUUUUUCAUUUGCAAUGCAAAACAGUUCGGUUAAGUUGUUGGCACCUUGUCUCAUGGUUUCCUUCUAUUUAAAGCGUAUCAGAAUAGUCAAUCCCUUUGACACCCUGCAGGCGGCGGUUUACUUCAACAAGAUUCAAUGCUUCUGCUUCGAAGAACAGCGUCUUCUCCCCGGUGAACAGAUCGACAUGCCUGUAAGGAGUUGGCCCGUCUCUCUCUCUCUCUCUCUCUCGAUUCUGCAACUGAUCCAGAUGAUUCACCGGCAUCUCCUGAGGCGAUCUGCAGGUGUUCUUCUACAUUGAUCCCGAGUUUGAGACCGACCCAAAGAUGGACGGUGUCAACAACUUGAUCUUAUCAUACACCUUCUUCAAGAUUGGUGAUGAGUAG